CAGAAUCUCUUUUCUAUCAGACCAGCCGGGCUGACGGAAGUGACCUCAGAACGCUGCGGCACAUAGAAGCUCAGCAGUCUACUCUACAGGACAGAAGCUGUAGACAGGUAAACCCGUCGCUCUGCUCAGUGCAGGAAAACAGAAUGAGUCAACGGUCCGAGCGCCGGGGAAUCCAUGUUGACCAAUCGGAGCUACUUUGUAAAAAAGGCUGUGGUUACUAUGGAAAUGCUGCCUGGCAGGGCCUGUGCUCGAAGUGCUGGCGGGAGGAGUACCAGCGGGCACGGCAGAAACAGAUCCAGGAGGACUGGGCACUGGCCGAAAAGUUGCAGAGGGAGGAAGAAGCAGCCUAUGCUAGCAGUCAUGGCUCUCAGUCACAGUCUCCAGCUCAGCCAUCUCAGUCUCAGUCCAGCCUCGCACCUUUCUCCAAGUUUGAGGAGAAGAAGACCAAUGAGAAAACUCGUAAAGUGACCACCGUGAAAAAGUUCUUCAGCCCGUCCUCCCGCACCGCUCCUAAGAAAGUGUCUGAGAAAGACAGGGGAGAUGAGGAGAGAGAAAGAGGGGAGAAGUUUCAGGGCAGGAGAGAGAGCCACGGAGAGACGCUGCUAAGAGACCUGAAGGGCAUUUUUACCCAAAACUGGGAAAUGAGCUCUACUACUGAAGCUUUGGUUUCCAGGCUCAGAGAGAGUCAUGAGGGAAAGUCACACAGUCCGUCCUUCACACGGCAGCCGAGUUUGGAGACUGACCGCGUGUCCAGAGAGUUUGUGGACUUCCUGAAAAACCUGCAGAAACCUGGACGAGACAUCCACAAACAGAGCCGAGGAUUCAUCGAGAGCAUGGCCAACAAAAAGGACCUGGGUGCUGAUGAACUCUCUGAGUGUGUGCAGGACUUCUACCAGAACAUGUCCGACCGUCUAAUGUCUCAUUUUAAAGGCUCCUCUGAAAAGGUGGAGCGAGUGAUGGAUCAGGUGGAGAAAUACAUCAUGACCCGCCUCUAUAAGAGUGUGUUCUGUCCUGAAACAACAGACGAUGAGAAGAAAGACCUGGCCACACAGCACAGGAUACGGGCUUUACACUGGGUCACCAUCCAGAUGCUGUGUGUUCCUGUGGAUGAAGAAAUUCCAGAGGUGGCCGACAAUGUAGUAAAGGCCAUUACAGAUAUCAUUGAGAUGGACUCUAAACGUGUGCCCAGAGAUAAGCUCUCCUGCAUCACCAGCUGCAGUAAACACAUCUUCAACGCUAUUAAAGUCACUAAGAAAGAGCCUGCCUCGGCCGACGAUUUCCUUCCCACCCUCAUCUACAUCGUACUGAAAGCCAACCCUCCCAGACUGCAGUCCAACAUCCAGUAUAUCACCCGCUUCUGCAACCCCAGCCGCCUGAUGACCGGCGAGGACGGCUAUUACUUCACAAACCUGUGCUGUGCAGUGGCAUUUAUUGAAAAGCUGGAUGCUCAGUCUCUAAACCUGAGCCCGGAAGAUUUUGAGCGCUACAUGUCUGGCCAGGUGUCUCCACGGAGGCAGGACGAUGCCGACUCUUGGACGCACCCCAGCUCCAGCGUCAACCCCUUAAUCAGCCAGUUACACCACAAUCUGGACAUGCUGUCAACUCUGGAGAAGCGGCAGCAGCAGGUUUUGGAUGGAGCACUGAUCCUGCAGACAGAACUGAACGAGUGGCAGGACAGUGUGACUCAGGAAGUUCAGGAAAUCCUGGAGAAAUUCCCUCUGGAGAUUAAACCACGGGCUUCAGCCAUAGACGCUGAAAACGUAGAAAACGACAGGCUUCCUCCACCGCUGCAGCCGCAGGUGUUUGCUGGCUAGCAUGAGCUUUAAGGAUGUAUUAGUGUUAGCUGUUAGCAUUAGUAUGGCUUAUUUGGUGGAUAUUUGGGAUUUUUUAAAUGGCCUUCAUUCUGCAGGCGCAAUUUGGAUUUAGAGGAUGUUUGUUUGUGUAUCAUUCCUCUCCACUUUUGCACUUUGAUUUUUUGGCGAUUGCAAGGCAAACUUUUUUUAUCGUUAAGUUUGGUAGCAUUGCUGUUACAAGUGAGCAGCAACUACAGGCCCACAGAAGAACACACUGCAAAGAAACAGUCACAUUACAUUAGUUUAUAACCUUUCUGAUUAGCUCAGUUUAGUUAACUUGCUGUUUGCCUUCAGCGUGGCUGUGGACUUCUGACCUGUAGCUUUAACAGAUGCACUGAACAUGUGCUGAAUUUUAAUUAAUUUAAAUAUAUGUAUGUUAUUUACACAUUUAUUUGCUUGUUCUGAUUAUUUCAGAACGUGUUAUUUGUGAUCUAAUACUUUAGAAUGUGUUCUGGUUGGUCUAAUACCUUAGAACAUGUUCUGGUUUGUCUAAUAGAGUUCUGACCUAUCAAAUUUGGAUCAUAGUAUGCUUGGUGUAAUAUAUUGUGUGCACAUUUGAAUUGAGUAAAGUGCAUCUUAUUUAUGCUUAUUUCAGUUCAUAAACAAGUGAUAAAUGAUUAACAUCAUCAAUCACCAGUUGAUAUCACAAGUAAUAAUUUUGUAAAUUAUGUUAAUUGGUAGUUUUAGCUUUAAGAAAUGUUUUUUGAGGGUGUAUUCACACGUUUUGCUGCUCUAACAUUACAUUUCUUCCUUUGACUACUUUUAAGGGACUUUGUAUUCUUUAUCAAUGCUUGAAAUCGUGAAAUAUUGAUUCAUUGAUAUUGGUAUUACUUAAGGAGUAGAUAUGGUACUUUUUUUUAAAUACUAAUAUAUUUUACUCUUGUAAUAAUGUACUGUGGUGUGGGUGUACACCUAAGUAAACACUAGUUACAGAUUUAACACAUGAUGUAUAGUUUGUCCUGUGCUGUUACAAUAACUACAGAGUGUAGAUGAGUGUGUAAACACUCCCCUUUAAGCUAAGUAAUAACAGAGAUAACAUAUUCAGCAGAACAUCCACUUGAUUGAUUAGAAUUCCAACAGCACACAGUAAACACACUUAUUGGUUAUGGGGUUAAUUUAUAUAUCGAAGCAUUGCAAAAUCUGUACUGCAGAAAUGAGCAGAGAGUAUGGCUAAUAGCUGUAAUAGAGUAAAAGCUUUAAAAGUAGCAAUUCAGUUUUAAGAUACUCUUGAUAUCUGACAUGUUAUUUUUUUAAUUUACAAUAGGAGAUGUGGCUUAAAACAUCCAUGAUAAAUUAAUGUGGUUUAUGGUUUGACUUCUAGGUUAGUGCAAGUUCGUCCACUACAGCUUACAGCUGAACUCCAUUUGGGUGCUUGUCAGAAGAUCCACCCACUAAGCACAGAGAUCUUGUUCUUAGACACUUGAAAUAUGACUCCAAAUAAUGUCAAUGCCAAUGUUAUAAAGUCAUGUUAAAAAAAAAAAAACAAACAAAAAAAAACAGAUUUUAUGUAGCAUUUACCAAGAUAAUUUGGCUGUCUACGGAGAUAAGCUUAAUGACAGUACAAGCCCAGUGUUUGUUAGAAAUGUUAGCCUAGCAUCUCAUGUUGCAAACUAAAGAAUCUCACGUCAGAUAGCAAUCAUCUCAGGUUUACGUCUGAAUCUGGGGUCAGUCAUUAACAUUUGUUUUUUUAGUUUUUCAAUAAAUAUCUCCUUUAACACAAAUUUACUCAUAGCCUUAUCACCAAGUAACAAAAAUGAUCACUAAUUACGGUCAUUCGCGACUGAAACGCAGAGGGUUGAUCAGGUUGUUUUGUGUUUACACUGAUUUUUAGUACUAACAGGUGCACAAACACUAAAAUCAUUUAAAGCUAAUGUUGGGUUUCAUCUUAAAGAUUUGCUUAUUUGUGAGGAGAUGUAACAUUUUUAAUUCAUUCAUUUAUAAAAUAAAAGUCACUGGAAUUGUUGUGUUGUCUGUGAAAAUCUGCAAUUGCCCUGUUAAUAAAACCUGUAUACGUUU